AUGGCGUCCUGUGUAGCAUGUCAACAUCUCCAUCCCCUGGGCAGCUGCCCUCUGAAACGCGCUGGCGUCGAAUACUGCGGUCUUUGUGGUCUCGCCCACUACGGCUUCUCUCGCAUCUGCCCACACAUUAAUUCAGAAACCCAGGUCAGAGAAAUGAUCCAAGCAGUCAAGCUAUCAUCAGAGCCAGGACACCUCAAGUCAGAGACUUUGAAGUAUUUGACUGGCUUGAAGGGCACACUGGUACAAAAGAAGAAGAAAGAGGCAGAGAAGAAGGCUGCUGCGGCGAGUGGCAGUGCAUACCCAAGUGCUGGUCCUUCUACAGUGCCAGGACAGCAGCCAUUUCACAUGAUGUAA